UCCAUGAUGUUCUUUUCCAUGAUCUGUCACAUGUCAUAAAUGUCAUUCAAUCGUGCUUCAUAGAGAGAAAUCAUAUUUCUCUUUAAAAUUUAAUUCGAACGAAAUGGUAUAAAGUUACAAAGUUUAAAUUAUUUCGAAUUGUGCUCCAAAACUCCCAUUUCCAUCUUUAAAAGUUCAUCAAAUUAGUCAAGAUUCCGUCAAGAAAUCAACACCAAUCCAUAGGGUGGCUUCUGCAAGUGACAAGACCAUGGCACCAAGGAACAAAAAUAUACACAAGGAAGUGAACGAAGUGACCAAAAAGAAAAACGAUGGCUUCUUCAUCAAAUCGAACAAGAGGACAAAAAGAGAUUUAGGAAAACGUGGACAAAAUUUCAAAAAAUCUGAUGACCAGAAAAGGAACGAAAGCAAAAAGGAUAAGGAAACUGAAAAGAAACCCUUUGACAAGAAGACAUACAGACUGAAAAAAUACAGCAACAAAUACAAGAUACAACAAUGGGAAAAUCAAAGGAAACAUGCGGUGGUUCAAAGAUAUCAAAAGUCAAUGAAAAAAGAUAAUAGCCAAAAAUUCGAUGUAGAAAAAAUUUACAAGGAAUACGAAAAUGAUGAAGAAUCAGAUGAUGAAACGAAAGAUUUAUCAAAUAACGAAUAUAAGGAGGAAAAUAAAAAUAAGAAAAAAUUGAAGUUAAAACCUCAGGAGAAGUUUGAACAGAUGAAAUCUGAUGCAGAGACCAGAAGAGCGGAGGCACUAAAGAGGAAGGAGAUGAAAGAACAAGCCAUUAAAGAAUACAAAAAGAAAAAAUUAGAAAAAUUUAAGAAAUUGAAUAAGAAAACGAAGAGGGGACAGCCCGUUAUGAAGGAUAGGAUAGAGUUGUUGUUGGAAGAAAUUCAACAAAGUGUGAAUAAAGGUUGAAAGACUCAAUUAGAUAUACAGGGUAUCCCAGAAUAAGUGCAAGUAUUUUAAGGAGUGGUAGAUCUCGAUAAAAAAAACAAAAUAAUAUAAUAUAAAAAGUCCAAAAUAACGGAGUUAUUUUACU